ACACUGCCACUGCCUCGCUGAAAGCGAAUCACGUUCUGUAGUAGGAGGCAUGGGCGAACCCCCGGACGGCAACCGCAGGACCGUUAUCAAGCAAAAGUGUGGUGUGUGCAUCCUAAUUACUGCUGAGGGGAAGCUGACAAGUUAUGACAGUUUGUAGAAGAACACCGAUAGCGUAUAAAAGAAGAUGCUAGCUGCAUUGUCCCCCGUUAGUUACGGUAGCUAAGUGGUUGAAGACGGAUCGCACAAGUUGUAGUACAUCAGUUCAAAUAUAUAUUAGAAAAACAGUUACUUCAAGAUGAAGAUGCUAUUAGCAGCAAUCGCUUUGACACUGGUGAUUAGUGCAUUUGCUGCCCCGCUGGAUGAUUCCCGAAAUGCCGAGAUCUUGCGGUACAGCAGCGAAAACAUUGGAAUUGAUGGCUAUCGAUUCGAGUUCGCCACAAGCGACGGUACAAGCCGAACGGAGGAGGCUGAGCUGCGUAAUCCCGGCACGGAUAAUGAGGCGAUUGCCGUACGAGGAUCCUACUCAUAUACCGGGCCCGAUGGGACCGUGUACGUGAUCAACUACGUUGCGGAUGAGAACGGAUUCCAACCGGAAGGUGCACAUAUUCCCAAGUAGUUUGGUCAUUCAAACUCCAAAUCAGCCUUAUCCAGUAGCCAAAUUAUAGUGACAAAUUCUUUUGCGGGAGAACCUUUCGGUUUUUAAUGCAUUUCACUGUAGAGAGUCAAGAACAAGUCAUCUCCGUCUUUAGUUUCGAGAAUUCCUCCCAUCCACGAUCAGUUUGCUGAUGCGAUCAUGUUUGAUUUAAAAAAUAAAAAGCAAAAAAUACCUCCAAAA